AUGCCUGCCACGCCCGCUCCCACACGCCGCCGACUGACCCGCGAGCAACGCGCCCGCCAGUUGCUGGACGUGGCCUGGGCGCUGGCGGCGGGCGUGACCAAGCCGGUGGCCUACGAUCACUUCGUGACCCGCAAUGGACUGCUGGCGGCGCUCUACGACGACUAUGACGGGCGGCAGACCGUGGUCUUCCACGAGCGCAUCGGCCGCGCCAGGGCGCAGCUGGCCGAUCGCGCGGCGGCCAUCGCCUCCGGCUACAUCGACUGCAUCCUCAGCCAGGGCAGUGAAGUGCAGGGCAUCCUCGCGGCGCUGGUUGGUGCGCCCGAACUGCGCGAGGUGCGGCGGCGCUACCAGCAGGACUUCAUCGACAACUGCCAGGUCUGGCUGGGCCCGUUCGCCGCCGAGGGGGCCGUGCCCCUGGCGGGGCGAUGGGCCAUCCUCGGCGCGGCUGAGACCCUUUCAGAGGGCGUGGUUGCCGGCGCUCUGGACAAGGCCGGGGCCGAGGCAGAACUGCAGCGCGUGAUCGUGGCGACGGUCAAGCGGCGCUGA